GUUGGGUUACGUUUAGUUAUUAGCUAGUUGGCAGUUUUUAGCUGCUAACGUUUGUCUAAAAUGUUGCGUUUGAUUUAGCAUUAGAUAUGAGACAAGAUAAAUGAAAUACCCGAAUCCACGUGCUACAUUAAAAACUGACGCAACGUCCGGGUACUUUAUGGUGGUGUUCAGGGCUGUUGCGGUUCACAGCGUUGCGAAGGCUGUUAUGUGGCACCUUGUCUGUUACCUGUCAAAAUGUGCAGUGUAGCAUGCCCUGUGAAGUGAAGCCUCGGUUUGUGGUUCUUUACGGGUCUCAGAAGGGCCAAGCCGAGUCCCUAGCAGAAGGAGUAGCUGAGGUGGCAGAGGAGCAUGGACUAGUCGCUGAGCUCAGUUGCUUGAGCCAAAAUGAGAAGUACAAUUUGGAGAAAGAGAAUGCCCCAGUGGUCUUUAUUGUGUCUACUACUGGAGAUGGGGAACCGCCAGACAAUGCCCUCCAAUUUGUAAAGCGCAUCAAGAAGAAAACCCUCUCCACUGACCACUAUAAACACCUUCGCUAUGCACUUUUAGCUUUAGGAGACACAAAUUAUGCAAAUUUCUGCAACUGUGGGAAGACAAUUGAGCGUCGUCUACAGGAACUUGGAGCCAAACAAUUCUAUGCAACAGGAUAUGCAGAUGAUGGUGUAGGGCUAGAGGUGGUUGUGGACCCCUGGCUUGAAGGACUGUGGAAAGCAAUCAAAGGAGCCUUAUCCAACAUGGAUUCUGAUAGGACUGGUUACUUGAAAGCAGAAGCAGAUGAUUCACCAAAGGAAGCUCCUGAUUCAACUAUACCAGAUGUCCAACUAAACCUCUUGAGCAUAACUGACCACCAGAGCUGCGAGUCGAUCAGAGAAUCUGUAGAAACUGUCUCCAAAUUUGCAACUGCUGCUUCAUCUUUGGCUUCUGCUACACCGACUGCCGUUUCUGAUCUCAGGCCAGCUUUUCCUGCAGGGAGCCCUGGGUUGGCACCCCAGUCUCGUGGUACUGCCAGUGUUUCUACAUCCGCACCGGAGACACAGGCCGGCGAUGCUGGAGUUCCCCAUGUUGCAUUGGCAGCCUCACUGACGCACUCCCUGCCGCCGCUGUCGGAGUCCUCUCUUAAUGUUCCAGCUCUGCCUUCUCCCUACCUCGAUGUUUCUCUUCAGGAGGUGGAUACUGUGGAACAGAUUAUAGGACCGUUAAACAAAGAGACGCUCCACGAGGUUCCCAUCUCCAGGGCAGUUAAGAUGACCAGAGGAGAUUCAGUCAAGAUGGCCCUUCUCUUAGAACUGGACAUAUCUGCUCACCCGAUGAUGACCUAUCAUCCAGGGGAUUCGUUUGAUGUGUUAUGCCCAAACAGGGCCGCUGAGGUUGAGGACAUGCUCCACAGAUUGGGCCUUCAUGACCGGAGGAACCACCAAGUACACAUUUCUCUACGUAAAGACACUAAGAAAAAAGGUGCCCAGGUGCCAUCCUACAUUUCCCACAACAUUUCUCUGCUGUACCUGCUCACAUGGUGUCUGGAGAUCAGAAGUGUUCCUAAGAAGGCAUUUCUCCGAGCGCUGGUGGAGCAUACAGGGGACGGUGUGCAGAGGAGAAGACUGCAGGAGCUCUGCAGUAAACAAGGCGCUGCAGACUACAACCUGUAUGUGAGAGAUCCGAGCCUUAGCAUCAUGGAGCUUCUCACAGCCUUCCCAUCCUGCUCGCCUCCUCUCAGCCUCCUCAUAGAGCAUUUGCCGAAACUGCAGCCCAGGCCUUAUUCAGCAGCCAGCUCCUGUCUUAGGUACCCAGGAAAGCUGCAUUUUGUCUUCAACAUAGUAGAGUUCCCAGCAAGCCCUGGGCGGCCUGCGGGGAGGCGAGGCUUGUGUACCGGUUGGCUGUUUGACCUCAUCAAUCCUGUCCUGGUUUUUCCUGAGAAGGCUGAAUCCUCCAGCAGCCCGGCUCUGCCAAAGAUCCAUGUGAGUUUGAGACCCAACUCCUCCUUCCGGCCUCCCUCUGACCUGUCGGCACCCUUUAUAAUGGUCGGACCGGGGACAGGAGUUGCCCCCUUCAUUGGCUUCCUUCAGCAAAGAGAGAUGGAGAGGAAGGAGAACCCUGAGGCCAUAUUUGGCGAGACCUGGCUGUUCUUUGGUUGUCGCCACAGAGACCGAGAUUACCUGUUCAGAGAGGAGCUGGAGGGCUUUGUGUCCAGCGGUACACUGAGCCAACUCAAGGUGUCUUUCUCCAGAGAUGACCAGGAGGAGGCCAGCACCUCCGCAGCAGUACGACCCCGAUAUGUGCAACACAACCUGCUACUCAACAGCCAACGCAUCACUGACAUCCUGCUCAAACAGAACGGUUACUUCUAUGUCUGCGGAGAUGCUAAGAACAUGGCUAAAGACGUAAACGACACCCUGAUGCAGAUGAUCCAAACAGAGCUUGAACUGGACCAACUGGAUGCCAUGAAGAGACUGGCCGCGCUGAGAGAGGAGAAACGCUACUUACAGGACAUCUGGGGCUGACUGCAGUUGACCAGAUAAGGGCAUUUUGUAGCAUCCACUGUGCCUUUUUUACACCUUAAAAAAAAAAAAAAAAUCUGCAUGCUCAGCUGUAACCUCUAGAACCAUAAAAUUGUGGAUGCUGAAGCCCCAGAGGUACAGCACCCAAAGCUACCAAGACGGAAUAGACCAUGCUGACCCGGGGAUAUCUGUUCACUACAUCAUCUUGGGCUUUGCUGUUUGAACAGAAAUAACCUUGGUCAGGGCAAUAGUGCUGAAGAUUGGUCCUGCAGUGUGAAAAUGCUUUUAGUGCAGACAAGCCUCCUCCGUUCGUCCUGUCUGGGGAAAAGGCAUUUACUUCCGUCGGCUGUGAUGGAGUGAUUUUGAUGAGAAGUGGAGUGCCCCAAACUAGAUGGGGAGGGGGGGGGACACAGCAAUCUGUAGUUCUUUAAACACACACACACACACACACACACACACACACACACACACACACACACACACACCUUUUUUUAAUUGUCAUUUUCAGUAACUUUUACUUUCUGAAUGUGCCAAACAACCACGAAUUACCUCUGAAGUCAUAAUUCUUUUCAUUGUAUUUCGGUAUAAAGGUAAUGAAGAAAUAUUUUAAUGUAUGCGAUUGUAAUAGUCCUAAAUGAAGUCCUCAGAUAUUAGAAAGACAAUUAUCACAUUUAUCAUUAUUCUUAGUUAUAUUUUGAGUACAGAGAGCGGGAAUCUCUAUGAUGAUGCGCUGCUCUGUCCAGAGCAAUUAACUUUGUUUGUGGCUGUCUGCCCCCACAUACCCAGCAGACUGCCGGUUUGGAGACUGAACUUUUCUAAGUCCUGUAAACCCAACUAAAAUAUCACAAACUGUGCUUAGAACAAACACAACUGUGCCUUAUGUGAUCGAGAAUUAAAAGACUUUUCAGCGUAAA